AUGUCGGCUGUUCUUCCGCGGCGCCAAAGAACGUUGAUGCUAGAUGACGGACCUGUGAAUGCAGGCACUCGAGAGCAUUUGAACAGCCCCGAAGACGAGGUGGUGGUGUUUGCCAUUCCUGAAGCAGGGGUAGAAGAAAAUUCUAACAUCGAAAGUAUGCAGCAAGGUUGCCUCCAGACCGGCCCUGUAUCUCCCUCUCCCAGCUCUUCGCCACUCACACAACUGUCUGCUUGCACAUGUCAAGUAUAUGAAAGCGCUAUUCCUGAAAUUGAGAGACUGACCGGCGGGAGAACGGCGAAACCUGACCUUCGAAGUGGACUGCGGCGACACGACGUUAAGCCAGUUGCAACCGACCCCUCGAGUGCAAAAAAGGAGGAAGAGGCUGACAAGAAGAUUUCUGACUCGCCUACUCAAGCCGCGUCUACUUCUACCAAGGCUGAGCAGAUACGCGCAGGCCAAAGGGUUACAUUCGCCCCGUCACCUCCCACAGAUACCACUCCCGCCGAGCCUCCCCCACCCGGCAAAAUGCAAGAAGGCGUGGAAGCGACUAUCGACUGGGAAGAACAGCGACAGGCAAAAGACAUAAUGGCGGGAGGGCAAACCGUCUGGUACACCACCUAUGCGCCGACUGACGUUCAGUAUCCCCCACAAGGCAUCCCUGCGAUGGUCGACGAACUUUACGUUCAUUGCAACAGCGAGACGUCACGUCGGAGGUAUUGGGUGAUGGGUACGGACGGGAUGUGGAUGGGGCCCGUCCGAGCAGGCGACAAAAAACCCUCGGACCCGACCAGACGCCUGAACGUUCACAAGAACGGCACUCCAAGUUGGAUCCUGAAUAAAUCCUGGACCGUUUCUAGAAGCCGCCGUCGCAACCUAAAGAUUAGGCCUAAUGCGAAGCACGUCGCCGAUACCCAAGGAAAGAACAACCCGAGCUUUACACUCUCCGACAAAGUUCAGUGUCCACAGAGCACACGCUCGACUACAUCUCCAUUGCUUGCGAAGACGGUGGAUACGGGACUCGAGUCGUCGGGAGGUUGCGGACGCCAUUACUACCGGUUCACCGUGCUCAUGACAAGUAUACUAUCAGUGGCGGAGGGUUCGGUGGCUGCAGUGCUCGUUCAUCUGUGGGAGCUGCGCGUACAAUCUCGGUGGUGGAUGGAGAAGUCUGGAAAGUCUAUCAGACCCAAUGGUUGCGACGCCUCCCUAUCCGUUUUCUCCGGGUUUAAUGGCUCGCAGGCUGCUGAUUUCGGCCUUCCUUCAGAGUUCGAGGACGGACAGACGUGUCCGUCGUGGAGGACCCCGUCGUUCGUCAUCCGCCUCAACUCCGACGCACCCGCUUCCCACCUCUACAUGUCGACCAAUACUUGGCGUGUCUCGUUGGUCAAGGCGACCACUUUGCACACGACUCUCGAGACCGACUACAGCCGGUGGAAGUAUACUACUCAGGCUGUUGUCCGACCUUGCGCUGCACUCUAUGCGCUUCGCAUGACCCAUCGGAACAUCUUGGGCCCAAGACUCGAGGGCCACAUGGACGGAGACGUGGGAUGGGCCGGCGGGGCUGCGCUUGCUCUAAGGUUCGGCGACGUGUGGCCUUGUGAACGCGACCUGGACGAUGAACGGGCGAUGGAGAGGAUUAAGGCCGACAAGGACAACAGGGCGAGGAAGAAAAGCCACAGUGCGGUUUCGUGCACACUGGGGACCAAGGUUAAAACGGAGGACUUCGCCGAGACGGGGUUCUCGUCGACUGCCUUGUUGUCCCACGAUAGCUUCCUCAUCAGCGCGCACUCAAGAGUCCGCAACUCCUUACGGACCCGCCAGUACACUAUCACGAGCGAGAGUGCUGACAGCGAGAAGUGGAUGGUGCCGAUGUUGGCAGAGCCGCAUAGCAAGCUCCCCAGUGCGCUCAGCCCGAAGACCGUCCGCCGCUCCUUGAGUUUCUCGGGAACUGAGGUCGGACAAGUCCUGCGGUUGGUCCCAGCUCGACUUUCCCCAGAUGGAGCGAGGAGGGCCGUGAGACACUCCUUGAACCUCAGUGGUGAAGGUCCUGACAUCAAGCGCGUCCCCAUACGCGCACUGCCGCCGCUCGAAAGCGGCUUUCCACACGAGCGCGUUCCGAUGAGUAAGGUGCACGCCCCUAGCAGCCUCGACCAAAGCAAGACUCCCUCCUCUCAGCGCAAGCCGGUCUCCUGCGUCUGCUUCCUCGUCGUCGGGGUCCCGUAUCACAGCAAGUAUCUCUCAAGUGUCGUCGAUGAAGUCAUGGAUGAUUUGGAUGACAUUGAGUUGUGGAAGAACGAGGACCUGGGGAUCCCUGUUUUCCACACCGAGAACGGUACCGACCUUCGCACCACGGAAGGCUCCCUGACUGGGGCUUUGUGCGACCAGAUCUUCACCUUGCCCAUCCACUGGUCUGCCGCGACCAACUUCCCGGACACGGCUACGCACACUGUCGACUUCGGCCUUGGCUGCAUUUCCGGCAUCGGUCCUCUGACCGCCCGUAACCUUGAGGGUCGUGGAGUAUGGGUGAUCGUCGCCGGAGACAAGGCCAAGGGCCCCCGCGGAGCUCUACGACUCUUGAUCCGUCAAGACGGAGCAUUGGUGGUCGAAGAAGUUCUCGCCUGCUCUUGUCAAGACCAGGCAGGCUUCGUCGGUGCAGUGCUCGACCACAUUGAGUCUGCCGGUGGUGGACACUACAAUGCGGCCGCUCUUCGCAGCAAGUUCCAGUUCCCGCUUUGGCAAGAGAUGCGCCGCGAGGGCUUGCCUACCGAGGGCUUCUACGUUGCCGCGGGCAUCCCCAGCACCGAGAAGGCGGCGGAGAUCAUCACCACGCUGCGCGAGUCGGGCAUCAAGCACGUCUCCUUUAAACCCGGCUCCGUCGGGAGGUUGCGGACGCCAUUACUACCGGUUCACCGUGCUCAUGACAAGUAUACUAUCAGUGGCGGAGGGUUCGGUGGCUGCAGUGCCCGUUCAUCUGUGGGAGCUGCGCGCACAAUCUCCACUUUGCACACGACUCUCGAGACCGACUACGCCGGCGGGGCUGCGCUUGCUCUAAGACAGUCUAGCCGGGCGAGCCGGCAGGCUCGGAAGCGCGACCACUCCGCUUCAACUUCUCGGUCUGAAUCGGACACAGCCAAUGGCUGA